AAGGAUUUUGGAGCCCAAAAUAUGCUAUCAAUACCUGAAAUAGCUUCACAAAUCGUGAAUAAAGCGCUGUCGGAAAGCAGCGAUGAUUGUUCAAGGACCGUUUUUGUUGCGGGGAGCAAAUCUGUGGGAAAAUCUACGAUGCUCCACUCAUUUCUCGAGAAAAACGAAGUUCCUCGAGAAACUUUAGUCCUAGAGUAUUCCUUCGGCCGGAAAUCAGUGAACAAGCAAAGCAUAGACAAGUCGAUAUGCCACGUUUGGGAGUAUGGCGGAAAACUCGAUGUUUUGAAAAACACGCUCACGGCGGUACCCGUUCGAGGAAAGUACUAUUGUUGUGUGAUGGUCGAUCUGAGUAAAAUAAAGAAUAUCUGGAACAUUCUGGAGACGUGUAUCGGAUCUAUAAAAGAGACUUACGAUGGUACAGGGAUUGAGCCGGAGCUGAUAAUCAUUGGUGGAAAAUAUGAUAUAUUCAAAAAUUAUGAUAAUGAAAUUAAGAAGAUCAUAAGCACAACCAUGAGAAGCGUGUCGCUAGCGACCCACUCCCAUUUAAUAUUCUACUCAUCCAAAGAGCCCCAGUUAGUGAAAAGAGCCAAAGAGAUGCUGUACAACAUUGGCUUUGGGAGCGGUUUUCAUACCAAAGAGAAGAAUACAAAUUUCUCUAAACCUUUGGUUAUACCAAAAGGGUCGGAUUCUUGGGAGAACAUUGGUGUGCCACAGUCUACUAUGGAUAUGAUCAAAGCCCGUCAUCUAUCCAGGAUAGGGCCCGAGGCCGAAGUGACAGGGGAUGUUACAACUACGAGGCCGAAACUCGCACACCCCGAACCAGUGUUGGACGCCUUGGCCUCGGCCAAGUAUGACGAACUGCGCAAUAUGGAGUCCUUUGAUUUCUCAAUUGGCGAUUAUUUAAAAGCUUUGGAUUAAGUGUUUUUAUAAUUAU